GUUCGCGAGCGUGCCGGGUGUCUGUGAAGUAGGGCGGGCGGGGGAGCCCGUCCUUUGGCGGAGCCGACUGGAGGCCGCGCGGGCGGCGGCGUGAUCCGCUCUCGACGGGAGGGUAGCCGAGAAAGGCAAUAAAGGAACCGAGCAAGUUCUCACAAAUAUUGAAUGGAACUCCUGUUUCAAGCACAGCCAGCGUUGGGAUGGAUCCCUCCCAUGCUUGUAGCAUUCUCCAGCAGCUCAAAGCAAUGUAUGAUGAAAGACAGCUGACAGAUAUUGUGGUGGAAGUAGAUCAUGGGAAAACUUUUUCUUGUCAUCGGAAUGUUCUUGCUGCAAUCAGUCCUUACUUCAGAUCAAUGUUCACUAGUGGCCUUACUGAGAGUACCCAGAAAGAAGUUCGGAUUGUUGGUGUUGAAGCAGAGUCCAUGCAUUUAGUACUGAACUAUGCAUAUACCUCCAGAGUAACACUGACAGAGGCCAAUGUCCAAGCUUUGUUCACUGCAGCUAGUAUCUUCCAGAUCCCUUCUAUCCAGGACCAGUGUGCUAAAUACAUGAUCAGUCAUUUGGAUCCUCAGAACUCCAUUGGAGUGUUUAUCUUUGCUGAUCAUUAUGGGCAUCAGGAACUGAAAGUGAGCUCACAAGAUUACAUUCGUAAAAAGUUCCUGAGUGUCACCAAAGAACAAGAGUUUCUCCAACUGAGGAAGGACCAACUCAUAAGCAUCCUGGACAGCAAUGAUUUAAACGUUGACAAGGAAGAGCAUGUCUAUGAAAGCAUUAUAAGAUGGUUUGAACAUGAACCCAACAAAAGAGAAGUCCACUUGCCGGAAAUUUUUGCCAAAUGCAUCCGCAUGCCCCUGUUGGAUGAAGCAUUCGUAGAGAAAAUUCCUCCCAUGUUUGCACAGGCUAUAGCCCAAAACUGUGUACAGAAAGGAGAAAGUAGUGCCAAUGGCUAUACCCAACGGCUUGGAAUGACCGCUUCAGAAAUGAUCAUCUGCUUUGAUGCUGCCCACAAACACUCAGGAAAGAAGCAAACAGUGCCUUGUUUAGAUUCCGUCACAGGGAGAGUGUUCAAACUAUGCAAACCACCCAAUGAUUUGCGGGAAGUGGGGAUUCUUGUGUCUCCCGACAAUGACAUUUACAUUGCUGGAGGGUACAGACCAAGCAGCAGUGAGGUCUCCAUAGACCACAGGGCAGAAAGUGACUUCUGGAUGUAUGAUCAUUCAGGCAAUAGAUGGAUCCCUAAGACUCCACUGCUUCGUGCCAGAAUAGGCUGCAAACUGGUUCAUUGCUGUGGUAAAUUGUAUGCAAUAGGUGGUCGGGUGUAUGAAGGAGAUGGGCGCAACUCCCUGAAAUCUGUGGAGUGUUAUGAUGGCCGAGAGAACUGCUGGACAGCUGUCUGUCCAAUGCCUGUAGCAAUGGAGUUUCAUAAUGCUGUGGAAUAUAAAGACAAUAUCUAUGUUUUACAGGGAGAAUUUUUUCUCUGCUAUGAUCCUCGAAAAGAUUACUGGGGUUUCUUAACUCCUAUGACUGUGCCUAGGAUCCAGGGUUUGGCAGCUGUCUACAACAACUCCAUCUACUAUAUUGCUGGAACCUGUGGAAACCAUCAGCGUAUGUUUACCGUAGAGGCCUAUGACAUUGAGUUGAACAAGUGGACUCGAAAGAGGGAUUUCCCAUGUGACCAGUCCAUCAAUCCAUACAUUAAACUCGUCGUCCUCAAAAAUAAACUUCAUUUGUUUGUCCGAGCUACUCAAGUCACUGUUGAAGAACACGUCUUCAGAACCAGCAGGAAGAAUUCUCUUUAUCAGUACGAUGAAGUUACUGACCAGUGGCAGAAGGUGUAUGAAACUCCAGAUAAGCUUUGGGAUCUUGGACGUCAUUUUGAAUGUGCUGUUGCUAAAUUGUAUCCACAGUGUCUUCAGAAAGUUAUUUGACUUCUUCUGUCCCCAACCCCCUCCUCCUUUCAUUGGUAAAAGGCCUUAGUACUUUGGUAUUUAAUGGUAGCAGAAAAAUCUGUUUUUAAAGAAAAAAACCAAUUCAAUUCUGUCAGUAUUUAAUGCGAGCUGAAAUGGUUGGUGGUUUGUUUUUUUGGUUUUUUACAUGGGGAUGGGUGCUCUUUAAAGGUUGCAGUGGGGAGAAGGGAAUUAGUAGUUUAGUUUCCUAAUGGAUGUUUUCCUGCGGUGAAAGGUGUGGGUUACGAAGUGCAAUUAUCAGCAUUUUCUUUGCUAGAGUCAUUUGAUCAUGUUGUUUCAGAGUGACAGUUUGACUAAAAGCAAGAGUAGGUGGAUUGGGGUAACGCAGAGAGCAAAAUCUAACGUGAAUAGCUGAAGUGAAGAGAGCAAGUUUGAAGUGACUUAUUUAAAAUACGGGUAAAAUCUGAGGCAAUAUCACUAGUUUGCUGUUUUAGAUUCAGUGACACUAAAUAGACAAGUUCCUGGUCCUUUUACCUCUUCCAUAUGUAUAAAGGUACUGAAAUAUUUAUGUUUAUAAAUUAUGGUAGCUACUGCAGAAAUAUCAAAAUUUGCAGCAGAACAUGAGCUACCACCUUGAAAAACGCCUCCUUCAGGUGGCUGCAUCACUCCUUUUCUGUGAGUUUUAGCGUGUGUGAUUGUCUACUCUUGAACUUCCAGUGGCAUCAGAAGAACCAUUUUCUGCCAAUUAAAUGUAUAGCUUCAAAAGCAGUUGAACACAUUGGUCACUCCAUAAAGGGCUUAAACCCAAUGGUGCUAGCACAUUUUAAAUACUUGUAAGUUUGAAAUGGGUCAAAUGGGACUGCUAAUUUACAGCACUCCAUUAGUAUUAAUGUCUCUAGUCUUAAGCAUGUAUCUUAGUGCUUUGUAUAUGAGCCUCUAUUUUAUUUUGACUUUUUCUUGUGAAAUUUGUUCUUGCAUAGAAUAAGGAUAGGCAAAGUAUUAAUGUCUGUUAGUUUGGGGAGAGUUGUUCCAGCUUUUAGAAGGUUAAGCGCUGAAUGCACUUUUUUGUCCAUCCUCCAGUAAGACUUAACAGUGUAGUUUGUGACAUCUCUUGUCAUCCAUAAUAAGUUGAGUUAGGCUGCACUUAUUUUCCCACUUACCUGGGAGGUAAACUCCAUUGAACAUGGAAUAACUUAAUUCCACGUAAGCAUGCAUAAGAUUGUAUUGUGUGAGAGCUGGCUGUUGGGAAAAUAAUACUGAGCCUUCCUUCAAAAAUAUGGCAUAUUAACUCAUCACCUUAUGUUUCCUUCUGUUGCCGUUUUGGCAUGUGCUUGUCUUUGCAGCUGACGAAUUCUCAUGAAACAAUGGUUUCCCCCAGUCAGCUUAAUGUAGAAGCAGUUCUGGCUUUGGCCAGUACCGUUGGAUCCUUCUAACUGUUGCCUGAUUUUAAGCACUCCAGUUACUUGUGGAAUAAUGUGAAAGUUUGCACUACUGAGCUUUCUUUGUGCUCCAAGGGUAGCCACUUUAGGAAGUCCAGACAUAAAAGCUUUUGGAACAGAGUAAGAAUCCAGUACACUGGGACAAAGCCCUGGUGUUUUAAACAGCGGUUAAAAAUAAACUCCGGCUUAAUGUGAACGAGCACUGUGCCAUUUCACUUGGUGAGCUCCUGCAGUGCUGCUGGGAAGCAAGUUUUUCAUGAUGUCUAAACCUAGGCCGGUGGUCGGUUUCUCUCUAAACAAACAAUAAUUGGAAGCCAACCUUUUGUUACUGGCUUGCUACUCCUGCUUUAUUUUGGAGGAAAGAAAACAAGGAGCCUGUGUUCAGUUGUUAUAAUAACUCCAGGUUGCUUACCAGCAGCACCGUGGAAAUGGGGGAAGAAUAAAAGAAGCACUGCAUUAGUUCCAUGUACAAGCAUGCUGCUCAUUUAUGUUAAGCCAUAGUUGAUAUUUUUCUUUUACUGGCUUAAUGUCAAGGACAGACCAGGUCUAAGAAGACUUUCUAGCUUUUCAUUUGGAGUGACUAAGGAUUUGUUAACAUCUCUUUAGGAUCUAAGCAUUAAUAGUAGGCCUCUUACUGGUGAUACCUUGCCAGGGAGAACAGGUUGAGGAGCAUGGUUGCUCAAGAAUGAAACAUGCCCUGCUUUCAUCUUGAUUCAAUUUAAGUUCCACUUUGAAAGAUGGUGACCGGCCUUAUACCCAAGGAUGAUAACUAUUUCUGACUUUAUAGAUACGCAUGUCAGUGAAACUGUGGUUUAAAGAGAUUACAUUUAGAAUAUUCAGUAAGUAUCAACUUGUAAUCCCCAACUCGUUUGUGCUAACAUGAUCCCACUUGAGUUUGUACGUUUUAAAUCUUGCACAAUACAUUGAACACAACUGUGAAACUGAAAGGACAAUAAAGCCUCGUUCUGUUACAUACCUCAUCUUCCAGAGAUUCAGCAAGAAGCCUUUUGUCUUUGGGUUUCUUUAUGUACCGUGCUCGAGGUACAGUGACCUGAACAUAAGAGACAAAAUGUGUGCAUCUGUCAUGAUGUGUUUAUAUUUUUUUCCUCAUUGUUGUCUCUCUUAACAGCAUUGAGAUGUCAGGCUAGUAAACGAUAUAGGCUGGGUAACUAAAAAACUAAUGCUUUUCUUCACUUUUCUUUGCAAAAGUUCAUAACUCUAAAUUGCCACAAUGAUGCUUAAUCCGUGGAGUAGCAGUGCUGCGUGCAAAAUAGUCUGUAUGCCUACAGCAUCUAAGCUGCACCUUAGUCUCUGUGUAGCCAACUGGAGAUGUGAAUUGGUGCUGCAGUGUGUCUGAAUGGCUCAGCAGUUUCCAUUCAGCAUGACAAGGCUGUCUUGUGUGCCCAUGCUAUUAAGAAAUAGCGAUGGAAAAAGAAUGAAGGACAGUGAAAUGUUCCCUUGAUAGUUGAACAUGAACCCAGUGCUUCAAAUGGUAAGGUGCAGUCUAAUGCCUUAGAUGUGAGUUCCAAGUGCUUCUCUAAAAGGCUAAGGCUUCGAUGUCUUAAGCAUAGUUGCUGUGACUAAAUUCUGAAAUAAGUCAAUGGUGGGGAUACUGUUCACACAUAUCCAGUUGCUUUCACAUAUUUAACUUUUCUUAAUCCUUAGUUGGCUAUAUUUGCGCUGUUGUAAGCCUCUUAGCUGCAAACUUUCUGAAGCACCCUCCCAUAAAAGUUGUUAGUAUUUUAUUUUUUACAAAGAAGGUGUUACGUGUCUUUCAAAAAAAAAAAAAAGUUCUGUUGAGAAUCUUUACAAGACUUGUUGCUGCUUUUUGACAAUCUCCUGUAUUUAUUUAGUAGAAAUGUCAAUCUUGACUUGAAAUUUAAAAAAAAAUAGUUUAAGUUAGCAAAUGACCCUGUCAUGUGAUGUAUAGAAUAUGCUGUGGUUAAUUCUACAGUAGGUUUGUUCUUAAUUUUCAUUUUUAUCUGCACUAAAUACAAAGAUCUUUUUUGUCUAACCAUUCACACUGGGGGGUUGGGGGGUUGGUCGUAGCGUGUUUGAAAGCUAACUCUUGAAUUUUUUGCCAUGGGGGUGAAAUACACUGAGUCUUAUGCAUGAAUAAUUUAAGCAGUUAAUAUUAACCAAGACAUUUUAGUUGUUUACAUGCUUCUAAAUUAUCUAGUGAAAAUUGCCAGUAUAAAACUUGCUUUUUUAAAAAUCUGAUUUUAAAACGAACCCUGCACAGCAUGAGAACAGACGGCAAAACUGUAAUUGUGCUAAACUCUGCAGGGCUAUGUUUGAUCUAUCUGCCCUUUUUAUUGUUCUUCUAGCUUAGCUUCUUGAGACAUUACUUUUCCAUUUUAAAUGCUUUUUUUUUUUUUUGAAAACAGGCUGGAAAAACGAUUCCAAGUUUUAUUCCAAAACUUUUUGAUUUGAAGAAACACUCCGCCAAGUGCAUUCUCCACUGCUUUGCCUCACAGAAAUAAAAGCGGUGCUGUGUGGUGGUAGUGCCUGAUGGGCUGCCCCUCUACCCAACUACAGCUGGCUUUGUUGUGUGUGCAGUGCAUGUAGUUUGCAUAAUAUCAAAACUCCUUGUGUUCCAAAACCUGUUUAGAAUUGACAUCAGAAGUUCAGUGCUCAGGUAUGUUAGUAAGAAGUACUGUAGUCCUCUGAGGGCAAAUGUGUGGAUUUUUUAAACAUUUUGCCAUAAUUGCACAAUUUUUGCAUUUUUACUUAAUGUCAUGUUAAUUUUUCUUAUAAUAAACCUGUUCAAAUAUGA